AUGCCCGCCGACAAACCGACUAAGUCGAAUACCUCGAAACCGCUCACACCAGCCCUCAGCUCCAACUUCCGCAAUGUGAAGAGCCCAUUGACACCAAGGGUUGCAGGCUCGCCCACCCCCUCGUCGAGUCAACCCUUUGUCAGAGCCAAGUCGCCUGCCAAACCUGAUCAGACGACGACGCCUUUGGGUGGGAAUGUUACGCCCAGGUCUGCUGCGAGAAAGUCACGGGCGGAUACGGAGUCACCACUGGCUCCAGCUCAACCACGGGUGCCUCCAAAUGGCCGGAGAUCGAGAGCAUCAUCAGGGAAUGAGGCGCAAAAAUCACCUGGACAAGUGCUUGGGAUCACCAGUCCACGCCUUGUUGCAAGCACACCUACACUAGCAAAAGUUGGGCCUGCUUCUUCAGCACCAGUAGUGACGAUUCAUCGAAGAAUAUCCGCCGCAAAGAGUGCUGUAGAGGGGAACAAGGAUGUAUCAUCAAAGUUCUUCCAUGCCAGCGAGGUCAAAUCCGCCCUUGGAUCUCCGGGACUGGAGGAAAGCCACCGGUUUCCGCCAAAACCAGGCCAUUUCUUCGUUGGCUCUCCUCCUCUCGCUGCCACGAGAGAUCAUGCCAGUGGGAGGUCAGAGCCAGAUGAGAAGUUCUUCAGGGCCAAUGAUAUACCUCAAAACGCUCAGUCGAAACGUACAGUUCUUCCUCACAUCUCUACAGACAGACUGAACAGUUCGGCGGGUAGGGGCACCCCGCCUCAGUCGCCCAAGAAGAGCCAUGGUAUGAUACCGGCAGAGCCCUCGUCACCUCGGAAGUUCCACUCAGGGCCGACAGCGUCUCCAGUAGCACCGAGAACAACAGCCGAACGUCCCAAGAGCACCUCCAGCGGUGGCAGCCCCUUGGAAGCCGGCACCCAUGGCCAUCGAAAAUCCCUGAGUGCGGAUUCGAAGACUUCUCAGCCGACGCGGAAGUUGAGCGGUCCUCGAGCACAGGUGCCCCAGCCGCUAGAUCUACGACUCACUCCCACAUUGUCCCCGCAUACUGCGGCAAGUAUUCUCCUAUCACCAACUGCAUUAAGUCCCAGGUCAAUCAGUCUCAACUCCACUAACACCAUCACCACCUCUGUCACAAGCGACACGGAUUUAUCAGAGAUCGCUGUACCGGCCACGCUUCCCUUGGCAUCGCCUUCCGACCAGAAAGCAGAGCCACCGGCGACCCCCGUUCAGCCCCAGGUCGAUCUAGCUUCCAACGCGCGCCGAGAGCGAAAAGUGCUCGACCUCGAAAUAUCCAAUUCAUCCCUAUUAGCUAUCAACAAGACUCUCGAACGGGAACUCCGCAAACAGUCUACUGAGCUACGGCGCUACCGCCGCUUGUCGCGAUCCGGACGAAUUUCCAUCGCUCCAAGCGCACGAAGUGUUUCAGAACAAACCAACUUCAGCCUCGACACGGUCACAGAAAUAGAUGGGGAGGGCCAGCAUUUGUCCGACUUGGACGAAGAAAGUGACCUCUCCGACUAUGACGACGAAGACUCCUCCCUCCUCUCCAACGACUCCGGCUCCCUCACCAGCCCCUCCGCACGCUCCCGGCAACGCGCACGAGAUGAGAAACGCCUGAUGCAAGACCUCUCCCGCCACCAACAACUCCUUGUCGACUCCCAGAGACUCAGCCAGAGCAUAAAACGAUGUCUUACAUGCACCGAUGAUUUGAUCCGCGAAGGGAAUAAAGCUCUAGAAUAUAGAGUGGGGAUUGGCGACGUCAAGCUUGGAGGAAGAGUUCUUAGCGAUGACGAACUCGACGAGCGGGGCCUGGCCAGCGGAGUGGAAGAGGUGGAGGCGAGGCAGGGGCUGUUGAGUCCCAGUGUCGCCAAGGCAAAUCUAGAUCACGCGCAGCUCUGGGCUGUCGAGCAACUGCCACUGCCGUCGUCAGGAGCACCAGAGCAUGCCAAAGACGCAAUGGCCGUUGCCUCGCUUGGCGAGCUCACUGAUCUGCUCGAGUCCGUCAAUACGGAAUUGCGAAUCCUUUGA